AUGGAGCAUGUUCACGAAACAACGCCCCCUUGCGCAAUCUGUCCCCGGAGCGGUGUGUGCGUGCCCAAAGUGCAAUGUCCGGCGCACACCCGACCGAAUUCUUAUAACCCCAGAUGUCACAUUGAUAAAGAACACAUCGGAAUUUGUUGUUUCACUGGAAAUAGACUAGCAGCGGAAGCAGACCGCAAAUUUCGCGCAGCCGUCAACAUACCAGAAUUAAAAGCUGUCCACAAUAUUUCUAGACAGAAACUAAUAGAUUGGAUGGAAAGAGCCGCUACACUGUUAGACAAAGGUGGUACGAUAGUCGAGGAUCACGAACCGAGUUAUGGUCAUCAUCUAUCUAUGACGUUCAGCAAAAAAGCUUUUAUCCUGGGGCAAAGUGGAUUGGUUAAUAUGUUCGCUGCGCAGGAGCUGAGAGAUCGACAGUCACUGUCGGAUAACGAUCUCGCUUUGGGUCUUACAGAUCAUUUAGAUGGUACACUAUGCCCAAUUCAACCGAGUUGCCCCACAUUAGCCAAUAAGUACAGAGGCAUUGAUGGCAGCUGUAACAAUCCACAGCAGCCGAGCUGGGGCGCGAGCCACACUGGUUACGAGAGGCUUCUACCACCGGAUUAUCGAGAUGGCACAUGGUCUCUCCGUCUAUCUGUAACGGGCAGCGACCUUCCCAGCGCGAGGGAAGUGAGCGCAGCUCUCAUUCCGGACGCUCACCAACCAAGCCGAUCCCAUAACCUAAUGUUCAUGCAGUUUGGGCACUUGCUGUCUUACGAUGUUACCUCUGGUGUUGUGUUCAGUACUGCCAAUGGCAGCGGCAUAUCCUGCUGUUCUCAAGACGGAAAUGCCCUCCCAAUAGAGCUGCAGCACUGGGCCUGCGCCGCUAUCCAGGUGGCAGAUACUGAUCCCUUCUACAAACAAUUCUAUACACGCUGUCUUAACUUUGUGAGGACACAACUUGCUCCCUGGAGUGAUUGCUCUGUCGGAUAUGCAAAGCAGAUGAAUGGCGCAACUCAUUAUCCAGAUCUAUCUCCAAUAUACGGUAGUUCUACAGAGAAGUUGAAUUCAUUGCGAGCGCCUGGCGGCUUGCUGAAGACCUUUCAUGACUUUGGUAGGGAGCUACCGCCGCUCACACAGAAACCAGAAUGUUUGAUUCGAAGCCAUGGCGCUGUUUGUUUUGAUUCGGGUGAUAAUCACGGAAACCAGAUAAUAACUCUCACAGCUCUGAAUACAAUUUUCAUAAGAGAGCAUAAUAGAGUAGCUCGAGAGCUCUCCCGGUUGAACCCUAAAUGGGAUGAUGAUAAAGUAUUCUUUGAGACCAGAAGAAUCGUGCAAGCCGAGUUCCAGAACAUCAUUUAUAAGGAAUGGUUGCCAUUGUUAUUAGGUCCUAAAGUAAUGAAGCUGUUUAAGAUAAUUACCCCCAAGGGUUAUUCUACUGGGUACGACCCACUCGUAAACCCAUCUUUGACAGCUGAGUUUGCCGCUGCAGCUAUGAGGUUCGGCCAUUCUGCUGUUGAUGGGAAAAUGAUGGUUCUCAGUCCGGGAGAUACGUCCGAGGUACUGUCAAUACCAGAAGUUAUGUUCCAGCCAUCCAGGAUGCGACUUAAACCAUUUCUGGACAAGAUGCUGUUGGGCAUGUCUCUGCAACCAAUGCAAAAUGUUGACCCCUUUAUGACCGAAUCGCUCACACAAUACAUGUUUCAUGGUGGAAAUCCAUCUGGUCUCGAUCUGGCUGCUCUCAACAUCCAGCGAGGGCGGGACUAUGGUUUACGAAAUUACAAUGACUAUAGGAAACUGGUCGGCUUGAUGCCUUUGGAUUUCACGGAUUUUUCGCCGAAUACAGCGAAACGUCUUACAUCAGUGUAUAAGUCUCCACAGGACAUAGAUCUCUGGGUGGGAGGACUCCUCGAAAAACCACUUGAGGGUGCCAUCGUUGGCCCAACGUUUGCGCAAAUAUUAGCCGAUCAAUUCGCGCGAAUCAAGCAUGGAGAUCGGUACUUUUAUGAUUAUGGCCCAGACGUCAAUCCUGGAGCUUUUACAAACAGUCAGCUAGCUGAAAUCAAGAAGGUGACGAUGUCACGGAUUAUUUGCGACAACAGUGAUCACAUUCAGCUCAAUUAUCAGGCUCCUAAUGCUUUCCUAAGGUCGGAUAUACCGGGGAAUGAACCAGUACCAUGUGAUAGUCCACUCAUUCCAGCGUUAGAUUUACGAAAAAUGAAAGAUAUGUAAAUUAGA